AUGAAUCAAAAAUAUCUUCUUAGCUGCAUUUUCAUCGUUUUACAACUCAAUUCAAAUAUUGUUUUGAGUCAACGCAAAUUUGCCAAUCCAGCCGUUACGGAUCCAGCACCAUGUUCAUGUGAUCUUCGAAUCAAUAUUUGUGAUCCAAACUGUUGCUGUGAUCCUGAUUGUACAGCCAGUGAUCUCACAGCAUCACCUAUAUGUAAUUCAAUAAGAACUACCACUUCGUAUGCUUACGUAACGGAUCCAAGCAGUGAAACAUGGAAUUGCACAAAUAAUGCAUCUGCAGCUCUAUAUGAUUAUUUUCCAUUUGUUUGUGUACAAUUUGAGCAAAAUGAAAUAUUUGGAUCAUUCUAUCCAACAACGAAUGCAACAUUUAUUAACACAGCUGACGAUGCAGCAUUUUUACGUUCCUCAUUUGUUAGUACAUAUCCAAAUUUAUUUGAACCAACAACAUUAUCAAUAUCUUCAAGUUUCAUAAAUUAUUCGACAGGUGCUCCUGUUAAACAAUCGGCAAGUACCUUAUUCAGUCUGCCCGGAUCUUUAGCCGGUAUGACUUGUCAAAACAAUGUAAAUGUAUUAUUUGGAAUCAAUCAGGAUUUUUCAUGUCCAUCUAGUUCAUUUACUAGCUUUUGUACUAAUGUCAAUGCUGCGACAUCAUUUCUGAAAGGUGGUGAUGCAAGUUCUUCGGUAAAUGCUACAGUUUCCACCGUAACAGCUACAUCUACAACAAUUACAAUAGAUCCAACAACUGAAUACUAUUUUACCACUGCAGCCACUCCAAGUAUCAGUACUAUAGUAUCUGCGACUGGCACUAUUAAUGAUUACUGUCCUGGUAGACAUCCAACGACGCGAAUUCAACGUUAUAAUUCUGCUUGUACUCCAUCACCUGAUACUAGUCGAUGUAGUAACAAUCAAUAUCAAAUAUGGAGUGGAUGUCUAAUAGGAGAUAGUUUAGCAUAUAGUAACAUUACAGAUAAUUUUUUCGUUGGGACAUCUGCAUCAACAGAUGAUUCCACUAGUUUUUCUGAUUUCAAUGGUUACAACGUAUUGACAACCGCAUUACCAUGCUCAACCAGCACUAUCCAACGUGUGUUCUAUCGAUUCAAUUAUUCAUCCGUUGAUAAUACCAUUUCAAGUGUCGAAAUCUUCGUCUUAUUUGCAGCUGCCAGUACAACUGUAUCAAAUUUCCGAAUUACAAUUCAAUGGAAUGACCAAGCAGUUAAUUUGGCAUCAUCUACAACUGUUCCUCGUGGUUAUCUGGAUGGAGAAGCUCUUCAGUUCCGACGUAAUAGUGUCUCGUCAGAUGUAUCAACUUUAGUUCCAACUGUUGACGGUUUAUGUGUCAAUGCCCAACGGCAAAUUCUUCAUUAUAAACGAAGCACUUCAUCGAGUUGCUUUGUUCAAUUAAAACAAGCUACGGUACGACAAUGUCAUAAUCUCAAACUCAACAUGUAUGUCUAUUUAAAUACAUUUUACGCUCCAGCAUCGGACGUUUAUAUGUUUCCGAAUUCAAAUUCAACUAAAAUAAGAAAUGACGCUAACGAACAGAUUGAACUUGGUAAAAUUGAUGAAACACGUAGUAUUAAUCGAUUAACUACUGAUUAUAUUAUUCAAACAAGAAGUCUAAUAACUUCUUAUACAAUUUAUGAUGCUGCACAAACUCUUUCGAUUUGCUUUGGUGUUCCAUCAGGUGUUUAUAUAGAAUUCGAUUAUGUUCGUGUACAAAUCGGUCCAGAAGAUUGGUUUGAACAAAUCGUUUCCGUUCAAUAUAAUUAUACUUAUUCAAAUUGGGAAUUUGAUUGUUCCGCCACAAAUUGCGAUGGUACAACAACACAACGAUAUGCUGUUUCAUUUCGAUCAGCUUUUGUUGAUGUUACAGAUCUCUUUUUUAAUUUGCCAACUGCAACAAAAGCAGAUUUAACUUCAGCCGAUAAUUAUAUUCAACAUUUACUUUGGUUAAUUACACCUGAAUAUAAAGGCGAGCCUGGCUAUCGAAAUUAUACAAUUGCCAUGAUUCUCAUUUUUAUUGCAAUUAGUGUUAUCGUUAUGCAUGUUUUAUUAUUUGGAUUUAUGCUCCCGUUUUAA